AUGUACGCUGCUCGAGCGAAAAAGUUCCAGCUCAAGGAACCACCCUCCGUUCGACCGGCGCGAAACUACCUGCAAGAAUCCAGACAGCUGGCGGAAGAGUUCUGCGAGAAUACGUCCAUCCACGGUGUCAAGUAUUUUGUCGGUUCUCAGCGAGCUCUUAUCGAAAAAGUCUGGUGGAUCGCAGUUUUCCUACUGUCGCUUUACGGAUGCGGACGUUUGAUUUAUACCGUAUACAGAAAGUGGGAUAACGAACCGGUAAUCGUGACAUUUGCUCAGAAAUCAACGCCAGUGUUUCAGGUUCCGUUUCCCGCCGUUACGGUUUGCCCGGAAACCAAAGCGAAGGUGUCGGAGUUUAAUUUUACUGAGGUUUUUCAUCUGAAUUUUAACCCGCAGGCUCGCCGGACGUUAAGCAACUACCAAUUGCGUCAGUUGCAGGCUAUGCUUCAGAUAUGCGAAUUUUCCUUCAAUGAUCAAAUGUUCAACCAAACGUAUGACGACGAUUGCGUGACGCUUCUGAAGAACAUGUCCAUUCCUCAGAUGGAAAUGUUCGUCAUAUGUGGAUGGCAUACAACGUAUUUCUACUGUAGUGACGAAUUUAAGCUAAUCCUGACGGAUGUGGGUUACUGUUAUUCGUUCAACCUGUUGAGUAGUGAUGACAUUCUUCGGAAGGACCAGCUUCACACUGAAUUCGAAUACUUGUUGGAAAAUCGAUCGUCUAGCAAUUGGUCCCUAGAUGAAGGCUAUCAGGUUGGGACGGACAUAAAUACGUAUCCGCGUCGUGCCUUAGGCGCCGGUUUGAAGGCUGGCCUGAUGCUUUUAUUGAAGUCUAAUGAAAGUGAUAUGGAUUAUUUAUGCGGAAACUCUUUUCAAGGAUUCAAGUUAUUGUUGCACAUGCCAAACGAAUACCCGCAAGUUUUGAACCAACACUUCCGGGUUCCGUUAAACCAGGAGGUGACCGUGGCCGUUACUCCGCGGAUGAUCGAAACAUCUCGAAACAUUGCAUCGUACAAACCGAUUCGUCGGCAGUGUUACUUUAACAAUGAGCGCUAUCUGAAGUUUUUCCGUAUUUACACUCAAUCCAACUGCGAGUUGGAGUGCCUGGCGAACUUCACACUAAGACGCUGUGGAUGCGUUAAGUUUUCUAUGCCCCGAGCGGCACAUGUGAGAAUUUGUGGCGUUCUGAUGGAAACAUGUUACGAGAAAGCAACAGUUGAGUUGCUUGAGUUGGAAGUUAAAAUCCGGGAGGACCGACGAAUGCGUCAUGUUGAUGAAUGCAGCUGUUUACCCUCGUGUACUGCAGUUCAGUAUAAUACGGAGAUUUCUCAGGCUUCAUUUGAAUGGCAAAAGCUGCUACCGAUGGUUCCGAAGAUCCAGGAAUCAAUUCAGGGAACUCAGGUAUCGCACUUGCAAGUGUUUCUCAAGGAUUCGCAGUUUAUACCAAUCCAACGAAAUGAAUUGUUUGGACUGACUGAUUUCCUCGCGAACUGUGGAGGACUUCUGGGACUGUUUAUGGGCGUUAGUAUUCUUAGCUUCGUCGAAAUUGUCUACUAUUGCGUCAUAAAACCAGCCAUAUUAUGGGGUAAAGCGAAGCCUGAACAAAAACCGUUAAAGCCUAUCAAGACAGUUAGUCGAUCGAUUGAGUUUGAUGCUAAGAAGGUGAAUAUUCGGAAGAUCGACGGUAGUUUGGAUUACGUCUCAGUUGCUACAUGUGUGAUAUCGAUAGUAGUCACCUAUCAACAGUGGAUUUACAGUCCGGUAAUCAUUGGCUAUGAUUCCAAACUACAACCGACAUGGGCUGCUCCUUUCCCGGCGGUAACAAUUUGUCCAAUGGAUAAGGUAAAAUCGGCGUAUUUCAAUCUGACAGAAGCGUUCCUACAACUGAAACGUGGUGAAAUGUUGAACAUAUCUGAGUACAAGUUUUACGAGAUAAUUCGCGUACUGAAACAAGUUUGUCCGCUUGCGGCCCAAAUGCUAGGCCCACUAGGAGGAUUCAUGAUAUACAUUCAUCCACCAGAUGAAGUUCCUACAUUAACAACUCCCUACUACCGACUGCCUCAUGGGAGUGUGCUCAGUUUGUCGAUAAAGCCGGAGUUAACGCUUAUUUCCAAGGCAUUAAAGAAGCACCACUAUCAAAGGCGCCAAUGUUACUUCAAUGGGGAGCGAAUGUUGCGGUACUUUCAGAUCUACAAUCAAAAUAAUUGUAUCUUGGAGUGUAUUGCCAAUCGAACCCUGAUGCUGUGUGAUUGUAUUGCAUUUUCAGCUCCUAGAGGUCCAAAUGUAACGGUAUGCGAUGCCAGUAAGCAGUCGUGCUACGACAGCGCUAUAGAUGAUAUUUUUAAUCCUGAUGUUGUGGGAGCUCCAACGAAUACCCAAGCUUGGCACGAACCAUGUGGAUGUUUACCAGCUUGUACAGCUUUGAAGUACGAAGCGGAGAUCACGAGAGAACCUAUUGAAUUCGAUCAAUAUAUUACAGCUACUGGAAACUCUCAUUAUGAUUAUAAUCGUGUAGAUGUUGCUAUACUUUACGUUAGCUACAAGAGCAAAUGGAUGCUUUCGUUGAUGCGCCAAGAGCGAAUCGGAUUCACUGACCUUCUGGCAAAAUUCGGAGGACUUUUCGGUCUCAUGAUGGGUGCCAGUCUUAUAAGCUUUUUGGAAUUAGUAUAUUACUGUUUAAUCCGUCCCUGCCGGAACGAGGUCUCCGCUGGCUCUCGUGACGUCCAUCAGGUUCUACCCUGGAGGCCAUAGGCGAUAGAAAUAAGAUUGACAAACAACACGGAGCGAAGUGCAAACCAUGUUGCUUUUAUUUGUCAUAUCAUUACUUGUUUUUAUUACGUCAUCUCAUUACUUUGAAAUGAUAAAUGAUCAAUGUAUUGUGAAUUAUUGAAUUACUAAAAGCACGUUGUGGAUAAAGAAACGUUAAAGGUUUUCACAUUGAUAAUUUAUUUGCUACUAGAGUUGUCUUGAAAUAUUGCAGGUAUUUUCAUAUUCUAUUCUAGUGAAAUCUUGAAUGAAAAUUUGUAUGUUAGUUUACUCUACCGAUUAUUAAUAGUUAUACCAAAAAAGUUUCCUAUUAAUCAAAGACACUCUGUUUGCACAUAUAAUAGAAUAUGUUUAAGUUUUUUUCACUACAAUAGUAGAAGCCGAUAGAAAAGAAGUUUUUUUGGUUUUAAAAUAAAGAUUGACUAAUUGGUGAGUUUUCUAACCAAUC